AUGGCGUCUUCAUUUCAAACACGAAGUAUUCAAGCAUUAAAUAAUCGGAAUCAAAAAAUGGGACUACCUCCAAUGAAAAGAUUUUCUAAAACAGCAAAUGAUGAAGCAUUAGCUUUUGGUCGUAUGCCAUUUUCAGCAAUGCGAACAAGUUUAGUAACAAAUCAAUCAGUACCAUCAUCUCCUGGUGGUAUAAUAAAACCUACACCGAUGAAUCAAAAACGAAGUUCAUCAGUAAUUAGUCUUGGUAAUAUAUUUCCUAGUCGAAAAAGUUUACAAACAACAGCAUUAGCGACGCGAAGGCAGAGUCUCUGGAUGAAUAUUGCAAAAAAUGCUCCACCACCAAGUAUUGAUACUCAACCACCAAUCCUUCCGUUAGGACAAGAACCUUCAAAUUUAAUGCGAAAAAAAAUCUUACGUUUAUUACUUGUCUUCAGUUAUUUAUUAUCCAUAUCAUUAUUAGCUAUUGCUCUUACCACAUUUUAUGGAUUUUUUUGGUCUGGCUAUGGUACACCACCAACAAUAACAACUCUAUCAGAUGUUAAAAUAACUGCUCAAUCUCUGAUUACAGCAACAUCAAAUUCAACAUUUGUUUCAGAAAUAGAAAAUGUAAGUUGA